CACACACGCUCUCUCGCUCUCUCUCGCCGAGGCUCUGGUAAGGGAGGGGGCUCUUGUCCCCUCCUCCCACCCGGUGCAUUCUGACGUUGCGCGGCAGGGAAGGAGGGAGGGCCUAGUAGCGGCCGCUGGGAUACAGGCUUCCAACAUGUCUGCGCUGCUGGCUGCGCUUGGAUUGCGAGGGCAGAGGCCGACGAAAGGAGAGGCCGCUGCGUGAGGAGGAGAAACAAGAAGGCGGAGGCGACGGCUCGAGCAGUAGCCUGACCCGACCCGAAGCCUAAGUUGGGGAGACGGAGGCUCCUUCCGCGGGCGGGCGCGGAGUUUUUAGGCAAGCUGAGAGGCUGCGGCGCCAGGAAAUUCCAAGUUACGGGAAGUAUUGCAUUCUGCAUGAUUUGAAGGCUUUCAAGUUUAAUCUGUUCUAUGUCUGUUGGCUGAAGGAAUGUAAACCAUAAGUUUUUAGAACUGAACAAAAAUUGGCAGAAAUACAUUUAACAGAUACCUUUGUAAAUUAGGAAACAUGGGCGCAUUUUUGGAUAAACCAAAAACUGAGAAACAUAAUGCUCACGGGGCAGGAAAUGGCCUGCGUUAUGGCCUCAGCAGUAUGCAAGGCUGGAGAGUUGAAAUGGAAGAUGCUCACACAGCUGUUGUAGGAAUUCCUCACGGUUUGGAGGACUGGUCUUUCUUUGCUGUUUAUGAUGGUCACGCAGGAUCGCGCGUGGCAAAUUACUGCUCAAACCACUUAUUAGAACAUAUCACUAACAAUGAAGACUUCAGGGGAACAGAACAGCCUGGCUGUGCUCUUGAACCUUCAGUAGAAAAUGUUAAGAGCGGAAUCAGAACUGGCUUUUUGAAAAUCGAUGAAUAUAUGCGCAAUUUUUCAGACCUCAGAAAUGGCAUGGACAGGAGUGGCUCAACAGCAGUGGGAGUUAUGAUUUCACCUGAGCACAUUUAUUUUAUCAACUGUGGAGACUCACGUGCUGUUCUAUAUAGGAAUGGACAGGUCUGCUUUUCAACACAAGAUCACAAGCCUUGCAAUCCAAGGGAGAAGGAGAGAAUUCAGAAUGCAGGAGGGAGUGUCAUGAUUCAGCGUGUUAACGGCUCAUUAGCAGUGUCUCGUGCUCUGGGGGACUAUGACUACAAAUGUGUUGAUGGCAAAGGUCCUACAGAACAACUUGUUUCUCCAGAACCAGAAGUUUAUGAAAUUGUAAGAGCUGAAGAGGAUGAAUUUAUUGUCUUGGCUUGUGAUGGAAUCUGGGAUGUAAUGAGCAAUGAGGAACUCUGUGAAUUUGUUAAAUCUAGGCUUGAAGUAUCGGAUGAUCUGGAAAAAGUGUGCAAUUGGGUAGUGGAUACUUGUUUACACAAGGGAAGUCGUGAUAACAUGAGUAUUGUUCUAGUUUGCUUUUCAAAUGCUCCUAAGGUCUCAGAUGAGGCAAUGAAAAGAGAUGCAGAUUUGGAUAAACAUUUGGAAUCACGGGUGGAAGAAAUAAUGGAGAAGUCGGGUGAAGAAGGAAUGCCUGACCUUGCUCAAGUUAUGCGCAUUUUGUCUGCAGAGAAUAUCCCAAACUUGCCACCUGGAGGUGGUCUAGCUGGCAAGAGAAAUAUUAUUGAAGCUGUUUAUAACAGGCUGAACCCACACAGAGAGAAUGAGGGGGGUGCUGGCGAUCUAGAAGAUCCGUGGUAGCCUUACAGAUCUACUAAAAUGCUUUUGAAUCUGAAAAAAGGGGGAAAAACUUUUAAUCAGUUUCCUUCAAUACAAGGGAAAAAUUCUGGUGGAUUUCCAACAUUUUGUGAAAUGGGCAGAAAGAAAUUAUUAGGAUUUUCCAUCAUUUGUUCAUAUUUGUGUUUUCUGAUAUUGCCACUCUUAGCAUUGCCUAUACUACAGUAUUUUUACCAGCCUUGGGCAUAUUGGUUACAUCAAUAUGGAGCCAGAGCCCUAAAAACCAAGGAAUAAUGCUUGGAGCACUUCACUAAAUGUACAUAAAGUACCAUGGGAUUGUAGUUGUACCCUGAAGACACUAUGUUUAACAAAACUUACAAUACGUGCACACCUGAGUGCAAAUAAUUGUAACAAGACACUUAUUUCACCUUACCAAGAUGGAAAUCUUUUACAGCUCUGGGCUUUGGAAGUCAUUCAGUUGGGCAAUAUGCUAUAGGAUGUAUUUUUUUUUAAUUUUUCCAGUUUUACCUGUAUUACCAGACUGUUAGGAUUUCCCUACAGUGUCCGAAUUGUGAUAUGUUGCCUAUUGCUUGCUUGAGACAAAGUGUAUUUGGCAAUAAUAUAAGGAGAUUUUAGGCAUCUAAACAAAUACAAAUUUUACGCAUGUGUAUAACACAUCUUUAAACUCUUGCUAUAUCUUUUUAAACCAAACAACUUAAUUUAUGAUUAGUUGUAAUUUGCUUUGACAUCUCACUCAUUGCUACGAGUUUUUUUAAAUGUUGAAUAUUUGCCUUUAUUAUAAUGUAAAUUGUGAUUUUGUUCUAAAUGUGGUUUUCUAUAGUUUUUUUCCUUUGAUUUCUAUCAGCUUAAAAGAGAGGUCUUGUGUAAUAUGGGUAUAAUUUUUAAUUGUUUGCAUUAUUUACAAAGUUCAAAUUAUCACUUUGAAAUUACUAUAAAUACAGCUGAAAUUAUCUAUUUUAAAUCUAAGAAAAUAUUAGAGAUAUUUUCAUGGGUUCAGUGACCUUUCAUUUUAUAAGCAAUGGGCAUGGUACAGAGUGGCCGUCAUGUAAGGUACUUGAAGAUUCUUAGUUUAAUUCUAUUUUUGCAAUAACCUUAUUUUUUUUCUUAAUUCUUUUGAGUUGUGCAUGUAUUGAGUCAAGUUAAUGCUGAAAGUGGAGAAGAGUAUUUAUCUAAAAAAUAAAUAAAUAAAAGCUAUUGGGGAGGGGAAAUAAUGAAUGUAUCCAUCUGUACAUGACUUACAUGCUGUGGAUGCCUUGUAAACAUUUUCCUAUUUGUUUAAACUGUGUUUCAAACGAGGAUGUAAUUGCCCUUGUGUGUAGUUUAAGCUAAUGACAGUCAUCAACUGGUUUUGUGUGAAAUAAAAUUCAUGAUAUUUUUUUGUAACCUUCCUCCCCCUCCCCUUACCUACACUUGAGUGUAAAUCCUUGUACACUCUUAUAACCUGGUGCCUCUGGCCAGCUUUCCCAACCAUUUGGUUAUGUUUUUGUUUUGUUUUAUUUUAAAGUUUUUUGGCAGUGGGGUGGUCUAGAAAGGAUUAUUGCCACAAUAUAUUUUAUUUAUUCAUUAGAUUUUAGCCUCGUAAGUUAAACGGUGUUUUAAAUGAUGAUGUUAACAGGUAUUUGUCCUUAUUGUUUUUUUGUUUCAUUUUCCUUUGGAGGUUGUUAAAAGCUAGGGAACGAAGAAUGCAACAUGGUUUAUUGUUCAGGCUGUCUGCUCUGGUCUAAUCCUGUACUGAUAGUACCUUCCCAGUAUGAUAUUGUGAUGUUUCAUACAAUACAGUGAACAUAACCAACUUGUUAUCUUCAAUAAAGGAUUGCUAAAAUGGUGAGAGGCCCUAUUUUGUGGGAAAAUAAAGACAAAAUUAUUCAGUUCUUUAAAAUUAUUCAGAACUUCUUUUCAGUUCCAUAUUGUAUGUGUAUUGCGAUCAUGAUCUAUAAAAAGUAAUGAACUUGGGCCUUUAUUACAAUGCUUGGGUUCAAAUGGCAACCAUGCAUCAGUAAUGUACAGGUUGAUAAACAAGAUCAGUAAUGCGCAAAUAGAUGUAGUUCAUAAAUUAAGAUCUGUACAUUGCAUUGGAUCAAAAACAGUUUAACAAGAAUUGAAUAUGGAUUGAAUGUUCAGAAGAUUACAGGGCUUUAUAACACAUUGACGGAAUUACUCAAAGUCGUACUAAUUACAAUUCUACUGAACAGUUCUGAAAAAUGUGAUAUUCAAAUUAUUGAGUUAACCAUAUUAUUUCUAACAAUAAUAGGACUGAACAGUUUCUAAUCGCGAAAAAAUAAACAAAAUUAUCACUAUUUCAGUGCAUUACCCUUAGAAGCAGUAUGGUUGACCAGAUACUAUUAACUGAGCUAGAUCCAUUUCAUUUGCAUCAACAUGCAGUUUAAGAUUUUUUAUUGCAUGUCAAAACAAGUCUUUUUAUGCCUAAUGAAUAUCAUAGAAACCAGAGUUUACACUGCCAUAUCUAAGAAUGUAAACUUGUUCC